GAAUCAUCGUCUGCUUAUUUGUUUUAGUGUUAUUAGGUAUGGGGUAAGUUAUCAAUUACAAAUAUAGAAUAUUCCCAAAUGUUCGAAAGAUUUCAAAAGUGUUGGCCCUAAUCUGAUAUUAUUCAAUGUGAGAGACAUGAUGAAGUGGGUUUCACUCUCUUCCCUCGCUAUCACGAUAUCUCUGUUCACCCCGGCGCUAGGUGGACAUGGCCUCAUUGGCUAUGGACAGUGGUGGUACGAUCCGAAAUGCUGUUAUGCGUGUCGCGGUGUCAUUACGUCUGCUCCGCUGGACUGUCCCGAUGGAAGUAUGGGUGGUAUGGACAUGGAGAUGGAUAUGACUAUGGCAUCACCAACCGCUCCUUGCAUCUCCGAGAAUGUCGCCUUCUUAACUACCCUCGCGUUUUGCAUCAAUUCGACAUGCCAGGAAGAUCAUGUGCCGACUUGGAAGAUUGAGAAAUAUUGGGCCGACCAAUCCACCGGUGACCCGUCUAUUCCACCAAGAUGGACUUACGGCGCGACUCUUGCGAAUAUCACCCAAGCCCCGACGAGGAUAUGGACAAGUGGGGAGGUUCUCAAUUAUACCGCUCUGCUUUCUUCUAGCGAUUACGAAUCCCAAAAGUCAUUCGAUAACCUCUUUGACUGGGAAGAACGCAUCCAAUCGACAUACGUAAUUGUCAUUAUUACCGUUGGAGUGGGAACACCGUUGUUGAUGUAUCUCCUCGGCCGCCUCCCUUACAUGACCGGCGUUACCGAUUCGCUCAAACCCUACCUUCUAUACCCGUCGACUAUCGGCACGUAUGUCAUUCGGCCGCUUCCCCGGUUAUCGGGAAACGCGCCGACUAUGGGUCAAGGCCUUUAUAUCGGGAUGUUCGUCGCCCUCAACAUCAUACUCAGCUCAGUCUCGUAUCGAAAGUUCGAUCAGUCAGAUCCGUGGGGCUUCACUCCUUCCGGAGAAAUCAUGGCAUAUGUCGGAUACCGGACUGGCCACAUCGCUUUUGCCCUCCUUCCCUUGACUGUAUUAUUCUCCUCUAGGAAUAAUAUUCUGUUGUGGCUUACGGACUGGCCGUACUCGACAUUUUUGGUUCUUCAUCGUUGGGUCGCACGUGUCUGCGCGCUGCAGGCCGUGGUUCAUUCCAUCACUCUGCUUUGCGCGUAUAUCCCAAGUGGUAUCUAUUACACCGAUGUCCAUAAGCCUUACUGGAUAUGGGGGAUUGUGGCCACCUUAUGUCUCGUGUUACUGCUUCUCCAGAGUGUACUGUGGUUUCGCAACAAGUCGUAUGAGAUAUUCCUGGUGUCCCAUAUUCUCCUGUCAGUAUUUGCGAUAGCAGGUUGCUGGUAUCAUAUCAUGUACUGGAAGGGAUUCACCGGUAUCUAUGAGUAUUGGUUGUAUGCUGUGAGUGCCGUCUGGUUUUUCGACCGUCUUAUACGCGUGCUGCGAGUCUGCAAAAAUGGUAUCCGCGAAGCGACAAUAGAAGAAAUCGGACCGGAUAUUGUUCGCGUGGACAUAAAGGGGUUGCGAUGGAUUUCGGAGCCUGGACACCACGUUUACGCUUACUUCCCGAAGCUCAAUCCUUUUCGCCCUUGGGAAAACCACCCAUUUUCAAUAAUUCACACCGCCAUGCUCCACUCUCAACAUCAUCAACUCCUUGACAGAAAUGGCAGAAACGGCAUCGAAAACCGCCAUAAUUCUGAUAUGAAGGAACUAGAAGACGGGGUGAGUGAGCCCGCGACGAGUAACCCCUCGGAGCCGAGCCCAUCCCCAUCGGUAGCCGACGCAUAUAGCGGGACAACGAUGUACAUAAAAAAGCACGCCGGGAUGACGAAGUAUCUCCGUAGCCACCGCAGCUUGCCCGUUUUACUCGACGGACCCUACCGCGGCAACGCGAACAAGGAAAUAUUAAAAUGUGACCGCGUGCUGCUUAUCGGCGGCGGAAUCGGGAUUACCGGCUUACUCGCAUGGACAGAUAGGCAUUUCAACGUCAAGCUAGCCUGGAGCAUGAAAAUGGCGACCGAACCUCUUAUGAAGGAUCUCGGCACGGCCCUCGGCAAGGUCGCCGAUAAGGUGGUUCUGGUCGGCGAGAGGCUUGAUGUCAAUGCGUUGUUAGCGCAGGAGGUAAGUUCCGGGUGGAAAAGAGUCGGUGUAGUCGUUUGCGGUCCUGGGGGACUUUGUGACGAUGUACGAGAGUCGGUCGUAUCUUUUGGAAGAAGAGAGAAAACUGUGUUUGAGCUUGAAGUUGAUGCUUUUUCGUGGUGAAGCAACAAAUCAUCAUUUAGCUGGAACGCCCCUUUUUAUACUUGGCAUAGAUAUGACGGAUAGCUACCUACAUAUGUAUCUAGGUACCUAGGUAGGCGAUGUACAUAGUAGGUAGGUAUUUAACAAAUACACUCAUUAUCGUA